AUGCCGUCGACUUCCAAGUUCAAUGACCAAGACAACACGUCCCUUCCCGAGGGAAAGACUGCUCAGCCGACGUUGCAAGAUCUGACGCCAGAGCACAAGCGCAAGUACGACCAAGUUAUGGAGGAAUUGGCAGCCCAAGUUAUCCAGCAGUUCACCUAUAUUAAUCGAAUCGAGCCGUUCAUGCCACUCGUCAAGAUUAAAAGUGCCGGUGAAUUCUUCUGGGGGCAGGAGCAACAAAAGGCGUUUGACAACUCGAAGCAGUACCUAUCGUCGCCACCAGUCUUGGUCCCACCUCGGUCGGAUCAACCGUUCACCGUGUACCUGUCAGCCGAUGCCGUAUCCGUCGGCUCCGUCCUGAUCCAAGAAUUCCAAGGGAAAGAGAGAAUCGUGUUCUACCUCAGCCGACGCCUGCUCGACGCGGAAACAAGGUACAACAAGAUGGAGCGCCUCUGCUUGUGUCUGUACUUCACAUGCACCAAGUUGUGGCACUACCUGCUCAACGCAGAAACUCACGUCGUUUGCAAAGCUGAUGUCAUAAAGCACAUGCUGGCAGCGCCCAUACUCAAGGGUCGGCUCGGCAAAUGGAUGUAUGCACUCUCGGAAUUUGAUGUUAGGUUUCAACCAGCCAAAGCCGUCAAGGGCCAAGCUUUGGCAGAUCUCAUCACAGAAAGGGUGGUGUCAUCAACGUCUUUCGUCGGCGUUAGACCCUGGGUUUUGUUCUUCGAUGGAUCCACCUGCGAUCCCGCGUGCGGCGUCGGGCUCUACAUCGUCUCUUCACGCGGGGUAACUUUCCAGUUCGCUUUUCGUUUGGCGUCUAAGCUCACCAAUAAUCAAACAGAGUAUGAGGCUGUCCAUAAAGGCUUGGAACUCCUCCUGGACGCCGGCGCCGAAGUUGUAGAAAUCUUCGGUGAUUCGAAGGUGGUUAUUCGUCAGCUUACAGAGGAUUACGACUGCGUCAGUGAUAAUUUGUACCCCUACUUCAUCAAGUGCCAUGAUCUGAUGGUAAAAUUUCGCCAAGUUAUGUUGACAUGGAUCCCACGGGAGCAAAAUGGCGACGCUAACAGGCUGGCGCAAGUUGCGUCCGGGUACAUUCCACAGACUGAUGAUGUUUCGGUUGACAUACUGCAGCAGAGCGCAGUCGAUUGA